AAAAAAAAAGAAAAGCUUUGAUAAUCGAAAAUGUCGAAGUCCGAUUGAACCGGAUCUCGCAGUCUACCUAUAAUCGUUCGUUGGGUACAACAAAGGUUACUAAAGAGAUGGAAGAGUCCAUAAGAGCAGCUUCACAAGAAGUAUCUGAAGAAUUCAAAACUCUUGUCAAGGCUGAAGAUCUCAAUUCUCUCAGACAUUUGCAGCAUCUCAUAUUAGGGAGGCUACAGGAUAGCAAUGCGGUUCUUGCACACUACAAUGAGUUUGCUGAGAAUUGCUUUGCUGAUGUAUCGUUGGAAUUUGCAAGAAACACCCGUCUUUUGAAAUCAAUGAAAGCAGACCUCGAUUACAUUUUCUUGAAACUAAGGAGCAUCAAAAGUAAGAUUCUUGCUACAUAUCCAGACGCAUUUCCAGAUGAUUCUACUAGUGAUGCAUUUGAUCGAAGGCCUGAUCUCGAGUUGCCUCAGUAAGCAUUCAGAAACUUUUAGAUGUGUAUGCUUCCGGAGAAGACCUUUCUUAUUGUGUUUGCUUGCUUCUUUUUCCCUGGAUAGGUUUCGUCAUGUAAAUUACUUGAUGUGUUCUUAGUUAUGUUCUCUGUUAAUGAUAGAGAGAUUCUUUUCUUUUGUUGAUGUUGCAUUUUAGUAAUAGAUGGAGAACCUUCGUACAAAGGAUUUCAGAUUGGAGUGCCAUACAUCUAUAUAACUUUUGAAUACC